AAACUUUCUCUAAAUAUGUACACUUCACAGGGGGCUUACUCUUAUAACCACAUCUAUACUCCUACUGACGUCCGUCUGGUGAUUGAGUAUGCCCGAUUAAGAGGCAUUAGAGUUAUCCCAGAGUUUGAUACCCCAGGACACACACAGUCCUGGGGAAAAGGUCAAAAAGAUCUUCUCACCCCUUGUUACAGUGGAGAACAACCAAGUGGAUCCUUUGGACCUGUAAAUCCCAUUUUGAAUUCAACUUAUGACUUCAUGGCUACAUUAUUCAGAGAAAUCAGUGGUGUAUUUCCUGACGCCUACAUCCAUCUGGGAGGAGAUGAAGUGAGCUUCGAUUGUUGGAGAUCUAACCCUGAAGUGAAAGAUUUCAUGAAGAAGCAAGGAUUUGGCAUUGACUAUGCUAAACUGGAAUCAUACUAUGUUCAGAAGAUUUUGGAUAUUGUUUCCUCCUAUAACAAAGGAUACAUGGUCUGGCAGGAAGUGUUUGAUAACAAUGCAGAGCUGAAACCAGACACUGUAGUUGAAGUGUGGAUGGCAAAUAACUAUGCACACGAACUGAGCCGUGUCACUAGAGCAGGGUUUACUGCUAUCCUGGCAGCUCCCUGGUAUUUGGACUACAUUAGCUAUGGACAAGACUGGACAAAAUACUACCGUGUUGAACCACUGAACUUCCCUGGAUCUGAAAAACAGAAAAGGCUCUUAAUAGGUGGAGAAGCUUGCCUGUGGGGAGAAUAUGUGGAUGCCACAAACCUCACACCAAGAUUAUGGCCUCGGGCAAGUGCUGUAGGGGAAAGACUCUGGAGCAGCAAAAAUGUGACCAACUUGCAGGAUGCCUAUAGAAGACUGUCCAACCAUCGAUGCCGCAUGCUCAGCAGGGGCAUAGCAGCUGAGCCUCUUUUUGUUGGCUAUUGUCCCCAUGAAGCAAGAUGGCAGUGAUUGCUUUGGACACCUCCAUUCAGCAACCUGAAGUGCCUCUGAGGUGCAAAGAUGUGUAGAUGAGCACAUGUGGUUUGAUUGUUGAACCAAAAACAUUUUCACUUUUAAAAUAAAGAUAUUUCACAUGCUU